UCCCUUGUCAUGUAAAUCAGACUAUUUAGCUUCGUAUAUUUCUCGAUAUGAAUGUAAACAAAUCCAAGGAAAUACCAAUUCAAUAUAUUCUUGGAAACAGAAUUAAAUGGCGAGUACUUCAAGCACAAGAACUGAUCGAAAGGAGGAAGAAUUACUAUACGAGACGUGGAUGAAUCUUCAACGUGAAGAAAUAACAGAGCUUGAACAUGCUGCAGCUCAGGCGAGAAACGGCCAAAUAAAAGAUUAAGAACUAAAAGAGCUCAUUGAAAAGAUCAUGAACCACUUUCAAGACUACACUAACAACCGUAGCCGCCUAGCCCGAAUCGACGCGUCACUGUUCUUCGCACCCACGUCGUGCACCCCGUUAGAGAACUCGGUAUUAUGGAUCGCUGGUUGCAGACCCUCUUCUUUCAUACGUUUCGCAUACGCUCUCAGCGGGUUAGACAUUCAAUUCCAUCUCACUGACUUCCUUGAGGGGAAAAGAAUUGGUGACCUAACGACGCAACAAAUGACCAAGUUCGACGAGUUGCAAGGCGAGACGAUUAGAAAAGAGAGGAAUCUUUGUUCAAGAUUGGCUAGCUUGCAAGAAGAUAUUGUGGACCAACCGUUCGCCAGCAAAAUAUUUACUAGUAAGAAUUAUGAGGAGGAAGAUCAUCAUUAUCAGUUUGAGAAUGCAGAUGAAGCUUUAGAUGAACAUAGCCAACACAUGGCAGGUGUAAUGGAAGAAGCUGAUGAGUUAAGGAUGAAGACGUUGAAGCAAAUUGUAAUCAACAUACUUGAACCGGUUCAAGCAGUGGAGUACUUAGCAGCAGCCAAGAGGAUGAGGCUCUGUUUUCAACAAUGGGGCAAGAAGAGGGAUCAUCAUCAUAGCAACAAAUUAGACUAGUUUAAUAUCUUUCUGCCAAUUAGCAGUAAUAAGAAACUUGUAUGUACAAGAGAUCGGAUAGUUCAUAGUUGGAUGCAUUCAAGAAAAAUGGGAAACUCGGUCAUAAAUGGUCCAAUCCGUUCGAUAUUAAUUGGUAGCUAAAAGCAGAGGUUAAAAGUUUACGAUCGGAUUUAAAAAAUUCUAGGAUCUUUCCAUAUUUUGAAUGAGGGAAUUCAAGG